GGAUCACGAUACCAUCACAUCAAUACGUGGCAGCCAUGCUUCUCUUCCUCAUCUCUCAAAGCCACAAAUAUUAUUAAUAACCAUGUAAAUAACCUCCAUAGCCAGAAGCCAUACAUACAAAGCAGACUCUUAAAAAGGACUAUCAAGCGUAAGAAACAGUAUAAUACAGAGCGGGAAAAAAUGGCAGCAAAGGCUGUUGUUUGCUAUGGUAGCUCAACUUCUAGCACCACACUUCGUCCAGUUCUUUGUCCUCAACAGCUUAACAAGAGGAGGGGGGUUUUCGCAGUGAAUUCUCGGAGAUGUAGCAUCAAUAUCAAUCACAAAAGUUUGAGCUUUCGCCCAAAGACGUCUCUGAGAUGGAAUUUGGAGGCUACUGGAAUUCCAACUUCAGUUCCAGUAAGAGUGGCGCAUGAGCUUCAUCAAGCUGGACACAGAUAUCUGGACGUCAGGACUCCUGAUGAGUUUAGUACUGGACAUGCAGCAGGAGCAAUUAACAUUCCUUACAUGUACAGAGUUGGAUCAGGAAUGACCAAGAACCCCAAAUUUGUGGAGGAAGUAUCAUCACAUUUCAGAAAACAUGAUGAAAUUAUUGUCGGUUGCCAGCUUGGGAAAAGGUCUAUGAUGGCUGCAACUGAUCUCUUAGCUGCUGGUUUUACUGCAGUGACUGACAUUGCUGGUGGAUUUGCUGCCUGGACACAGAAUGGACUUCCAACAGAUAAUUAACUUCUGUUUACGGGAAUUACGUCCAUUACCGCAAUAAACUUUAAAGAUAAGAGAUAGGUGAUGUGCAGAACGUCACUCGUCAAUGUUUUAGUAGCAGCAUCCAACAUUACAAAUCCUGCUGUAAAGCAUACUGAAAACCCAUGGCAAGUGCUGUGAAAAUUUGUCAUGAAAAGAACUGGAUGAAAUGGAACAUUUAUGUAAAAAUAAAACAUCUUAAAAUUGUACAGAAAGUUCUCUUCUUGUGGAUCA